AUGAUGAGCGACACCACGAGCGAAGAUCACUACGAGUUCAGCGAUCAAUUUGACGAUGAUUUUGACCUCCAGGAUCCUGGAAAUUUCGAUUCAGACAAUAAUUACUUCAAUAUAGUGAACAUGGAGCACGUCAAAGCGAGUGAACGCAGGACCGUAGCGGAAAUUGCAGACCUGUUUUCUAUAAUGGUUCCCAUGAGUACCAUACUUCUCAUGGCGUAUUUCUGGAACAGAGAAAAGCUCUCAGAAGAAUACAUUGAGGGGAGGGCGUUGGCUAAGGUGGGGCUUACCGACGCAGAUCUAGAAGUGCAGAGGAAAUCUGGCCAAAAGGUUCAGUGCUCCCCACGCACAUGCCCUAUUUGCUGCGAUACGUAUACUAGGGGGUUUCAGCUUGCGUGCAAACACACUGCAUGUAUCAAAUGCUAUGAAAGAUACCUGGGAGAGAAAUUAAGCUCUGGUGAUUUGCUUUCGACUCGGUGCCUGGGUCAGCAUGACUGCAGGCUAGUCGCUACAUUAGAUGAUUUCCGUGAGCUUAGCAAGGACUUGGAAAGUGGUUAUCUUGAAAAGACUGCUGCUAGCUACCUUCAAAGUCAUAGCUCGUCGUUCAAAGCUUGUCCGGGACCGGGCUGUACGUCCAUCAUCGAGCUUACAUCCAGUCUUGCUAUGCUAGAUCUUGAUCAGUACAUGGUUGAGUGUUCAUGCGGGAAAAGGUUUUGUCUUGGCUGCAAGAAUGACUGGCACUUGCCCAUUAAAUGUGACUUGGCUAGUAGGUGGAUGAAUAUUAAUGGCGAGCGAAUGAAAAAUAAUUUAUGGCUGGAUAAAAAUACGAAACCCUGCCCCAAGUGCGAAGCGAGAAUAGAACGAACGGAGGGUUGUAAUCAUAUGAAGUGUAGGACCUGCCACUUUGAAUACUGUUGGAUGUGUAUGCAAGAAUGGUCGGCUCACAAUGGAAUGUUUUUCAAAUGUGUGCACUUUCAGCCUUCGGCGGAGGCUAAACAUUCAGGAAGAGCUACGUCUGCCCGUCUUAAGCAUUAUUCGAUAAGGUUUGACUCUAACAUCAUAGAUUCAAGACGUGAUGUGAAUGUUCGUGAUCUUACGUUCUCAUCACAACAAGUUCUCAACAAAGCUGUGCCAACACUGUCAUAUACACGACGCAUCUUAGCUUGGACAUACGUGUUACUUUUCUAUGUGACAGGCUCGAACCAGAAAACGAUUCUCGAGACAAGUGUGUCCGAUAUUGAAUCGCAUGCCGAGACUUUGGCUGAGCUGUUAGCAGGAGAUGAGCAGGCAGCAGCACCCUGUUUAGAGCUUUCAGGCUAUUUAGAGACUAGGGUGGAAAAUCUCAUUACUCACGCUCUUGAAACUAAUUGGAAGCUGGACAGAAACUCUUUAACAUACACACCUAGUUAA